GCAGUGCGCAUGCUCAGUGCUCACCGCGCUGUGCCGUGUGACAGUGUGCAGUCAGACCGCGGGUGUCGGAGGGACCGCGGGAGCUCGGUGGGAUGUCUGCGCGGCUCUCCCUGUCUCUGAGCCGCCUGGAAGCGGAGAUCGAUCGCUGCCGGGCCGAGUGCCAAUGGGACAGGAUCCCGACUCUGGUGGAUCAACUUGCAGCCGCUCGCUUCCAUGAGGAAGAUGACUACGGGUUGCUGCUCCAGGCUGAGGCUCUGCUGGAAGAUUGCCUGCUUGAGAACGUGGCUCUUCUUCGGAACUCCACCCCUCUGUCCGAACACACUCAACCCAAAUUAGCCCAAGCCAAAGGGCAUUUGAACAGCCUACUAAGCAGAGGACGCCUGGAGCCACACUACCUGAAUGAAGCUUUACUCCUACUGGCCAAGGUGCACUAUACACAGGGUCACUAUCGAGAUGCCCAAGGCAUGUGCGCCCGAGCUGGCAUUGAGGAAUUCACCCAGGAUGAGCAGCCCCUUUACCGUCUGCGCCUGCUGGCCGAGGCUUUUGUUAUCAAAGGUCUGUCUCUGGACCAUCAAACAGUGUCUGCAGCCUCGCGUGUUCGUCUCUCUGAGAGAGAAGAAGAAUGCUUGUCCUGUUAUCUCCGGGCCUGUGAUACUGCUCUGCUCUUCCUACAAGAGUUAGACAAGGCUGUUUGCACAAUGAGUAACAAGACAGCCAAAAGCAGCGUAUCAGCUAGUCCAGUAGAGGUGGACCCAGGUUACUUCCUGCAGGCUGCUCUCCAGAGUGCAUAUCUCUGCCUGCUACACAAAGGUCAUUUGGUUCAGGGGACUAAUCAGUUGCGUCAGGUCUUGAGGGUGGUGGAGAGCCGCGGGUCUCAGAAUGUUCGAAAGACGGUAGCAAGGAGGCUUGCAGAGGUGUUGUUGAGUUCAGUUAGUGAGGAAAGCUACUGGGGGCCACUGUCACCUUCACCCCCCACCUGGCUGCACAAGGAUGGAGCCACACACCCGAAAGAUGCCAUCUACCCUUCUUCUAGACCACCACAGUACUACAGCACAGAGGGAGCGUUCUGUCCACAGGACGUGGUGGAAGAGGCUGUGCUCCUGCUGCUCAUCACCGAGUCAAUGGCCAGCGGUGAGGCAGUGAUCAGCCGCACGCCAGAGCACAAGGAGGCACGUGAGGCCAGCAUCCAGGAUGCUUCCUCUGUGUAUGACCUGCUCAGCAUCGGCAUGGCCAGGAGAGGGCAAUUUGCCAUGCUGUCUGAGUGUUUGGAGCGGGCUAUGAAGUUCUCCUUUAGUGAGUUUCAUCUCUGGUACCAGCUGGGCUUGUCUCUCAUGGCUAGUGGGAAGAAUGAAGGUGCGGUGUCUGUGCUUAAAGAAUGCGCCAGGAUGAAACCUCAGGACCCCACACCACCACUGCUGGCAGCCAAAGUGUGCAUUAACCAGCUGCACUGGCUAGAUGAAGCUGAGGCUCUUGCAAAAGGUGUGGUUGCUUUGGGUGAAGGAGCUGAGGAGUCUCUUGCCAGAGCACACCUGACCAUAGGACUGUGUUAUAGUCUGCAAGCUUCAGAUGUGAUGCUGAAAGGUGAACGAGAUGAGUUCAACAAAAGAGCUCUACAUGCACUUCAGACUGCUCAUGCAAUAGACCCCCAGGACCCUCAGAUUGCCCUCUACCUCGCUCUUCAGCUGGCCUUAGUGCGACAGGUGUCGGCAGCAAUGGAGCCUCUGCAGUUGGCACUGAAUCUACGCAAUGAUGACCUGCACUCCUUACAUCUACUGGUGCUUCUUCUUAGUGCUCAGAAACACUACCAGCAUGCCCUCGACACACUCAACCUCACCCUCAGCCAGUACCACGACAACUUCAACCUGUUGUUUACUAAAGUGAAAUUAGAGGAGGCUUUAUUUGGUCCAGCUGUAGCUCUGCAGACAUGCAAGGAAAUGCUACACUUGUGGCAGAAUCGCUACGAUUUUGCCCGGCUAAGUGAGACUGAUGACAGCAGCAGUAUUCCUCCUCCUGAGCCAGGCCCAUUAAGCAGAAAGCCCAGCGGCCUACAUCUCACACUACCAGAUUUUCAGGAGACAGAAACCGGCUCUCAGAGUGCUCCAUCCCUGGCUGUGUCUCGGCUGGAGCAGGCCAUGUCGGAAGUGUCUGCAAUCAGCUCUACCCAGAGACAUGGCCCCGCCCACAUUUGGACCAUUCUGGAGCGCAUCUGGCUGCAGGCAGGGGAGCUGUUCAUGGCUGAUGGACGGCUGAAGGAGGCUCAGUUCUGUGUGCAGGAGGCAGGAUCAUUGUUCCCCACCUCACACUCGGUGCUGUUGCUGAGGGGCCGACUCGCUGAACGCAGAGGCAAUGAUACUGAGGCCAAGAGCCUGUAUGAUGAAGCCCUGGCUAUCAACCCCACAGGACACCACAUACUAAUCCAUCUAGGGAAGUUGUUGGUGCGUAUGGGCCGGGUGGGUUUAGGAGAGAAGGUGUUACGGGAAGCCGUGCAGACCCACAGUCUGGCCCAUGAAGCAUGGAGUGGCCUAGGGGAGGCGCUGCAGAGCCACGGCAGCGCUCAGGCCCCAGACUGCUUCCUCACGGCCCUGGAGCUGGAGUCCAGCUGUCCCAUCAGGCCUUUCACCAUCAUCCCCCGAGAGCUGUGAGAGCAGAUCCCCAGCAAGUCUCUCACACAUACACUAUUUCAUGUAAUAGUUUCAGUCUCUGGUUUUGUAAUAAGAAAACACUUGUUUAAACGUACCGAUUGUAGGUGCUGUAAACAGGUUAAGGGUUUAGUAUCUUAGCUAUGUUAAUCAGAAAUUAUACAAGAAUUUGUAAUCACACUUCAAACAAAUGCACGUUGUACAACAAGCGCUCUUUCCUCAUGUCCACACACAUUUCAAAUUCCAAAAUGGAAAUAAUCCAGCAGACAUACAGCUUGCCAUACCAAAGAAGACGUGAUGCACUGUAUAACAGUACUGUAUCACACACACACACAGCCUGCUAAAUCAUAUAUAUCGAACAUGCAUAUGACAAUCACUAGGUCACUUUAUUGUUUGUAUUUUAGACGUGGAUGUUAAUCCUUUCUAUAAAGAGUGAUUCUAAGA